CUCGACAGUACCAGCCCCUCGUCGACGGAGCCGUGGGCGCAGCCGUUGCCGGCACCAUGGCCGAACUUCCUCGACGUUGUCCACCACCGCCAUCAUGCUGGCCGCCACCUUUGCAGCACUCUCAUUGCUAGCCCAUGUCUUCCCCAUAGUCCAUGCUACAGUUCUUUAUCCGUUGAUCGUCCAGUCCGGUGGGCCGUGGUCGGGCGCAGAAGACGCAGUCAAAGUCCCUGUCACCUUGGGUGUGAUGAGCGCAUGUCCGGACGCCAUCCUCUGCGAAAGCGUCUUCGACCAUGUCGUGCAACGUGUCGCAGACAAAGUCGACUUGACUUUGACAUUUAUUGGAAAAUUGAAUUCAUCCGAGCCGGACUUCGGGGUUACGUGUAUGCAUGGGUCGAAUGAAUGCGCCGGAAACGUGCAGGAGUUGUGCGCUAUCAAGUACGCGCCGUUUCAACAGUGGUGGCCGUUCGUCCAAUGCCAGAACUUCCAAGGCCGAUACGAGGUCGGUAAGCCGGAAACGGCGCUCAAGUGCGCGAAGGCCGCAGACUUGGACUGGGAAAAUAGCGGGGUUGGCGCUUGUGCAGGUCUGAGUGGGGACGGUAAAGGAGAGGAAGGGAUACGCCUCUUACAAAAGAGCGUCGUGGAGACCCGGCUCUUGGGCGUCGAGAAGAGUUGCACUGUGAUUAUCAAUGGGAAGCAAGUCUGUAUCCGCGACGGGGCGUGGAAGCAGUGCGAGGGUGGACAUGCCCCUAGCGACUUCAUCAGGCAAAUUGAGGAGGAGUUCGACAAGUUGAACAGCGAUUGAAACAAGGGUCGGGGCCACGCCUGAGGUGACGGGACCUUGCGAGGUCGUCGGACAGGAGACGUCUAUUCGUGCACAGCCGCUGUAUUACUAGCCCCAUAGUACCUCGUAUAUGAUGAUUACAAGAUUGAGCCCUAUUAGUGGUAUCCGCAUGAGCGUCCUGACGGCGCUGAUGAGGUUUAUUAUGCGUCCCUUCA